CGUGUAUGAAAUGAAAUGAAAGUCGGAACAUGGUUUGUGAAAACAUCGUUCCCAGACGGACCCACCGACGGAUUUGGCCCAUUUAAAUCCAACAUGGAGACUUUCCAGAAAAUUAAAGUGGCCAAUCCCAUAGUCGAAAUGGAUGGAGAUGAAAUGACCCGAGUAUUUUGGAAAUCAAUAAAAGACAAGCUUAUUUCUCCUUUUGUGGAGUUGGAUAUCAAGUACUUUGACCUUGGCCUCCCAAACCGCGAUGCCACCAAUGAUAAAGUCACUGUUGAAAGUGCUGAAGCUACUCUUAAGUACAAUGUAGCAAUUAAGUGUGCAACUAUUACUCCAGAUGAAGGACGUGUGAAGGAGUUUGACUUAAAACAAAUGUGGCGGAGUCCAAAUGGGACAAUACGAAACAUUUUAAAUGGUACCGUUUUUAGAGAACCAAUCAUCUGCAGAAACAUUCCUCGUCUUGUCUCUGGAUGGAACAAACCAAUAUGCAUUGGAAGGCAUGCUUUUGGUGAUCAGUACAGGGCUACUGAUACCAUUAUUAAAGGACCUGGAAAACUAAAAUUGGUCUAUGAACCUAGUAAUGGAACCGAAGUGAAGAAAGAGAUGCAAGUUUUCAACUUUACUGGUGCAGGAGGUGUAGCGUUGGCCAUGUAUAAUACAGAUGAGUCUAUCCAUGCUUUUGCUGAGGCUUCAAUGAACACUGCCUACCAGAAGAAGUGGCCACUUUACCUUAGCACUAAGAAUACUAUUCUUAAGAAAUAUGAUGGAAGAUUUAAGGACAUUUUUCAGGAAGUAUAUGAAAAUGAUUGGAGAUCUAAGUUUGAAGCUGCAGGAAUAUGGUACGAACACCGUCUCAUUGAUGAUAUGGUUGCUUAUGCUCUUAAAAGUGAUGGUGGUUAUGUUUGGGCAUGCAAAAAUUAUGAUGGUGAUGUGCAGAGUGAUUUCUUAGCUCAAGGUUUUGGGUCUUUGGGGCUGAUGACAUCAGUGCUGGUGUGCCCUGAUGGGAAGACAAUUGAAGCAGAGGCAGCCCAUGGCACAGUCACCCGCCAUUAUCGAGUUCACCAAAAGGGAGGGGAAACAAGCACAAACAGCAUAGCAUCAAUCUUUGCUUGGUCACGAGGACUUGCUCACAGAGCAAAGUUGGAUGGGAAUGCCAGACUUUUGGAUUUUACUGAAAAAUUGGAAGCUGCAUGUGUUGGUACUGUUGAAUCUGGAAAGAUGACCAAGGAUCUAGCACUUCUCAUUCACGGACCUAAGGUUACCAGGUCUAAGUAUCUAAAUACAGAAGAAUUCAUUGAUGCUGUAGCGGAGGAUCUCAGAUUUCGAUUAUCUAGCAGGGCAAGGCUGUAGCUGUAAAAUCUCGGCCUCAAUCUCACAAUCGUUCUUGACCCUCAUACUAGAUUUGGCUGAGCUUCUCAUGUGUCAAUAUUAACUUAAGAUUUUCGUUAAACUAAAAAAUAAUCAAAUUACUUUCUUUAAAUGGAAAUAUGUAAAACUAUUCAGAUAGUAAGCAAGUAAUUAACUAAGCAAAUAAGAAUAAGAGAUUAAAUGAAAUGAGUUUCUCCUUCUAUUGCUAGGAAGGUUUGUAAAAUUUUGGACCCUUUCAUGGGGGCAUUCAUCCUCUCUUUACACUAUAGAUAGCCAUACUCAAUAAGAUAAAAGGGAAAAAAGUGUGAUUGUAAGAUUGAUUCUUCAUGGCAGAAAUCAUGCCUUCCAUAUAUGCAGUUGGGUUUGACAAUA